AUGAGUCGAAUAUUGUCGAGUCGGCAAGCUGAAGAGCUUCACAAGUCGUUCAUAGCAUACUUGUCAGCGAACAGCCUCCCAAAUACCGCCGCCGCACUUAAAACAGAGUUGAACCUUACGGAGGAUGAUUUUGAUGCAGCUACGGCAAAAAAAUAUGAGACAUUGUUGGAGAGGAAAUGGACUAGCAUUAUCCGCCUACAAAAGAAGGCAAGUCUUUCCUAG